UAGCAUUUCCUGAUCAAGCUAAACAAGUCUAUUAACUAGGGUUGGAUCAACAAUUAAAUAAUCAAUCAAGCCACUCAUUUGGGACAAUGAGCCGAGGUGGGAGCUUUGGAGGCGGACAAAGCUCGCUAGGUUAUCUUUUCGGAUCAGACAAUGAGAUUCCAAAAAAUCUACCACCGGCUGCCCCAAAGCCUACACCACCGUACGGCGUAGAUUCCACCGAUGACGAUAAAGCUGACCAAAAGCCUGAGAUCUCUAACAACAACAACUACCAUAGAGCUCAGGGCCAAAACUCCGGCAACUUCGUCACCGAUCGUCCAACGACGAAGGUGAAAUCGGUUCCUGGUGGAGGUUCAUCUCUUGGAUACUUAUUUGGAGAUAAGUAAACGAAUGAAAAAAGAAGUUAUAAAACUAGGGUUUAUAUUUUGCUCUAGUGAGGAUUUUACUAUAUAAUUUACCUAAAAUAUCUAUAUAUAUGCAGAGACCCCUAUCUAGAUCUCUACAGUACUUAUUUAUAUAUGUACGUACGGAAACGUGUGUUUUAAGUUUGCAGUUGAUUAUUUGCGAUUUGUAGAAUAGUUG